AGCCGCGGAGUCGCCGCUCCCGCCCCUUCUCCGGCUUCGGCGGCGCCCGGCCGCGGCUUCCUCCUUUCCUACCCAGCUUCCCGCGGGCCUUCUGGCCGCGGCGGCGAGAAGCACCGAGGGGCUCCGAGAGGCUCCGGCCGGCCGCCACGGUCCACGCGCCCGGCCCGGGCUCCAUGUGAAGGAAGGACGGGCCUGGUCCCCCGACUCGCGCCCGACUCCUCGUGCGCCCCUCCGGCUCCCGGGGGCCCGCAGCCUCCCCCGACCGGGGGGCGCGGUGACAGGCCGCGCGGGGGCGGAGGGGUGGGCCUGCGGCUCCCUAUGUCCCGGCGGAGCGGCCGGCAAUAGAGAAUGCUGAUGAGAGAACCAUUUCCCUAAUUUUCAAAUAGUCAAGCUGGUUGCCAUGAUGGAUGAUCAGCAAGCUUUGAAGUCAAUCAUGCAAGAUUUGGCUGUUCUUCAUAAGGCCAGUCGACCAGCAUUAUCCUUACAGGAAACCAGAAAAGCAAAAUCCUUAUCACCAAAAAAGCAGAAUGAUGUCCGAGUCAAAUUUGAACACAGAGGAGAAAAAAGAAUCCUUCAGUUUCCCAGACCAGUUAAACUGGAAGAUCUGAGGUCUAAAGCUAAAAUUGCCUUUGGACAGUCUAUGGACCUACAUUAUACCAAUAAUGAGUUGGUGAUUCCAUUAACCACCCAAGAUGACUUGGACAAAGCUGUGGAACUGCUGGAUCGUAGUAUUCAUAUGAAGAGCCUCAAAAUAUUACUUGUAAUAAAUGGAAGUACACAGGCUACUAAUUUAGAGCCAUUGCCAUCACUAGAAGAUUUGGAUAACACAGUAUUUGGAGCAGAGAGGAAAAAAAGACUUUCUAUAGUAGGUCCCACUAGUAGAGAUAGAAGCUCCCCUCCCCCUGGAUACAUUCCAGAUGAAUUACACCAGGUUGCCCGGAAUGGGUCAUUUACCAGUAUCAACAGUGAAGGAGAGUUCAUUCCAGAGAGCAUGGACCAAAUGCUGGACCCAUUAUCUUUAAGCAGCCCUGAAAAUUCUGGCUCAGGAAGUUGUCCAUCACUUGAUAGCCCUCUGGAUGGAGAGAGCUAUCCAAAAUCACGAAUGCCUAGGGCCCAGAGCUACCCAGAUAAUCAUCAGGAAUUUUCAGACUAUGAUAACCCUAUCUUUGAGAAAUUUGGAAAAGGAGGAACAUAUCCAAGAAGGUAUCAUGUUUCAUAUCAUCAUCAAGACUAUAAUGAUGGUCGUAAAACUUUUCCAAGAGCUAGAAGGACCCAGGGGACCAGCUUCCGGUCUCCUGUGAGUUUCAGUCCUACAGACCACUCCUUAAGCACUAGUAGUGGAAGCAGUAUCUUUACCCCAGAGUAUGAUGAGAGUCGAAUAAGAAGAAGGGGAAGUGACAUAGACAAUCCUACUUUGACUGUAAUGGACAUCAGCCCACCCAGCCGCUCACCUCGUGCUCCAACCAACUGGAGAUUGGGCAAGCUGCUUGGCCAGGGAGCCUUUGGCAGGGUCUACCUCUGUUAUGAUGUUGAUACAGGAAGAGAAUUGGCUGUUAAGCAAGUUCAGUUUGACCCAGAUAGCCCUGAGACCAGCAAGGAAGUAAAUGCACUUGAGUGUGAAAUUCAGUUGUUGAAAAACUUGCUGCAUGAGCGAAUUGUUCAGUAUUAUGGCUGUUUGAGGGAUCCCCAAGAAAAAACACUUUCCAUAUUUAUGGAAUAUAUGCCAGGGGGUUCAAUUAAGGACCAACUAAAAGCAUAUGGAGCUCUUACUGAGAAUGUGACUAGGAAAUACACCCGUCAGAUUCUGGAGGGAGUCCAUUAUUUGCACAGUAAUAUGAUUGUUCAUAGAGAUAUAAAAGGCGCAAAUAUCCUGCGAGAUUCAACAGGCAACGUCAAACUAGGAGAUUUUGGGGCCAGCAAGCGGCUUCAAACCAUCUGUCUUUCGGGGACAGGAAUGAAGUCUGUCACAGGCACACCGUACUGGAUGAGCCCUGAAGUGAUUAGUGGAGAAGGCUAUGGCAGAAAAGCAGAUAUCUGGAGCGUGGGCUGUACUGUGGUGGAAAUGCUAACGGAAAAGCCUCCUUGGGCAGAAUUUGAAGCAAUGGCUGCCAUCUUUAAAAUCGCCACUCAGCCGACGAACCCUAAGCUGCCACCCCAUGUCUCAGACCAUACUCGAGAUUUCCUCAAACGGAUCUUUGUAGAGGCCAAACUGAGACCUUCCGCUGAUGAACUUUUAAGGCACAUGUUUGUGCACUAUCACUAGCAGCCAGUAACCUCUCCUGUGCCUCUACCCAGCUCCCAUCUAUUCAUUCACCUUCUCUCUGACUGCACUUUUCUUUUUUAUAAAAAAGAGAGAUGGGGGAGAAAACAAAGACAAGAGGGAAAGUGUUUCUCUUGAUUCUUGGUUAAAUUUGAUUAAUAAUAAUAGUAUCCUGAAGUUUUUAUAUUUAAUCUUUUUUUCCCUUACAAGAACUUGAAACUUUUUUUUUUUAAAUUUUUAUAAUGUACUGAUGUGGUUCAGAGACAUAAAGCACUUUAGUACAUAGUCACUCUUUUUAGUACAAAAAGAUCAUUUGGAAUACCUAAAGAUUGUAGAGUCUUUCCCUGUGUCACUGACAGAUUGGCAGUGAUGGGGAGACAUGGAAAACAAGGAGAAGAAAAUGAUGUAUAAUUUGUAGUUUUUAGUGAUAGUAUUUAAAAUAGAUUCUUGUUUGUGGGGUUGAGCCCUAAACUUGAGUUUAGGAUAGGUACUCAGCUUAAAGAAUAUAGGUUCCUUCUUGUAUCUGUAUUCUUUAGAUCCUAACCUCUGUCUACCAAGCUUUUUGCUCAGUAGGACUCUUGAUAGCAAAUAUGAAUCUCUAGGAGGUAUGUUUGUUAAUCCUAACCAGUAUAAUAAGCAAAUACACUAUAAUAGAUCCAUGUUACUGGAAUCUAUAAACCUUGAGGGAUAGCUUUCUGCUUAAAAAAAGAAAAGAUAUUGUUUUAUUUUAAGACAGAUAUGGGAAGUCAAUAAGCAAAUCCAAAUUAAAAGACAAAAGGAGAUUGCUCUAAUUAAAUGUGUGAGCAGUAGAAGAGACCACAUUUGCCGGUCAACAGAAAUAAUGAAAAGAAGAACUAAGUGUUGUUUAGUGUAUUUUAAACUGUGUUCUUUACCCGAGGGGGAAAGUCCCAAAAAUCGAGGGGAAGGAGAACUAAUCAAAAUCAUGUAUACUAUAUCUUCCUGUUUCUAGCUCCUGAUUCCCCAUAGAUACAUUGUUUAGGAACUAAGAGUUUAACCUGCACUAUCCAUGUGUUAAAAGCUAGUGUCAUGAUAUGAAACCCUUGUUCUUGUUCUUUGGAUCACAGACUACUAAAGCACCUCAAAAAACAGUUAGCAUGUAAAACAGUGGUUUUCACAGCUGGGGUGAGGAUAGUUUUGCUUGGCAUUUGGCAAUGACUGGAAACAUUUUUGGUUGUCACAACCAGGAGGAUGCUAGAGGCAUCUAGUGGUUAGAGGCCAGGGAUGCUGCUAAACAAACUAAAGUAUACAAGAACAGCACGUCCAGCCCCCCAACAAAGAAUUAUCCUGCCCCAAAUGUUGAAAGUGUCGAAGUUGAGAAACCCUGAUGUACAUACCAGCCCCAGUUAUAAAUGAAAAUGGCCAUUUGCAAAGCAGGUUCCUUGCAAAAAGUAAGUUUCAGAGAGUGAUGUAAUGCAUAAUGAGGGUUUUACAAGAGAAGAUACCACUACUUCAAGUCGAGGGUGAAAGGUCUCAACAAAAGCCAGUAACAAUCCUUUCCCUUCCAGCUGCGUAUUGCACCCAAAUCAGUGACUUCCAUUUUAGACACAAAAUGAACUUAAACACGGAGCCUGUUGAACUCAGUCAUCUGUGUGUAUUCUUUCCUCAGAAGUCAAUUCGUAAUUGUGGGAAAAGAAAGGCAUAUUAAAACAAAGUAUCAGCUACUUUAUAGGAAGGCUAAAACUGCCAGGUAUUUCUAAUAUAAGAGCAACGGCAUUAAGCGGAACGAGACAGCUGGGAAACUCCCACCAUCUCUAAUGGACUUGUGCUACUGAGAAACAUGAAUGAUAUCGGUAAUCUGGCCACUUGCAAUUUUUUUCAACGUAUUAAAGCAAAUGCUAAGUACUUUAUUUUUAAAGGUCUAGAAAAUAGUAUUCUUGGAGGCCCUAACUGUGAUGCCUUUCAUGGGAUUCAUAAGGGACUCAGGUAUUUUGUUUUCUGCUAAAAGCUAUGCUCGUUUAGGAACUCUUUUAAAAUACUUUGUUUCUGAAGUUAAGUAGAUCUUGUUUUACUGUAUCAAGGUCCUAUCUGGCAUUCCCUGUAGGAAUAUUUGAAAUUCCAUUAGCUAGUCUGAGAAGAAGUCAAAGCACAAAUAUAGUUGUUAAAGCUUCUCACAUACCCUUAUAAUGAAAGGAAGCAGCUUGCAAGGAAGAACAUGAAUUACUGGCCUCCUCCCCCUGGGAAAUCAACUGCCAAAUCUUGUGCUAUAAACAUAGUCCCCAAGGAUGUGGAUCUAUUAUAAUUUCUUUAUCUUUUAUGAGUGAAGGCAUCUCUUCUACUUGAGCAGGAUCAUGGUAUCUGGACCAGUGGGCUUUUCCUUUGUUUCUUUGUAUUGUGUGGUUGUGAUUUCCUUUUGGCUCAUUUUUGGUCUGUCAGGGUAAUCAGCAGUGCAGAAUAUGAGACAGGUGUUCUUUAAAGAGAAAUCUUGGGAGACUGUGAAACCCAAAGCAAAAUUGUUUGCUUUAUUUUCAGUCUCUUUUUCUUUUUGAAAUGCUACAGAAAAUAAAAUCACCUGAAAAGAAACUACUACUUUAACACUGCUGCACAAGACCUUUGUUUUAUAAGAAAAAUAUUACUAGCUAUGGAAAAGUAUUGUUCUUUAUGUAAAGACUUAAGAGUAGACUAAUAGUUUACAGAGUUAUAUAAAAAUGUGAUGUGAAUUUAUUUCAGACAAGUUGUAAAGGUACCAAAAACCACAGUAGAAGUUAAUAUAUAUAAAAACUACUAGAACAAAAAAGCUUAAAGUGGGGUGAGGUAUGAAAGACCAAAAUUAAAUUUAAAAAAGAAAAUUUUCAAAGGAACCACCUCUAUCAGGGGCAGUUAAAAUAACACUCCAAUUUUUUCUUUCUAAUAAUUGUAUGGAUCAACAAAUGAAAUUUGAACUUUUUAAGAUGACUCUAAAUGUAUUUUGUUUUUUAAAUGCACAACUGAUUCUUCUAUACUGUAAUGUUUCUUUGCUGAGGCUGGAAAAUGACCAGACUGCUAACUUUGUGCCUUUAAAAUGCAUUCUGCUUUGACAGUGGCAGACUUUUUGGUGCUGGAGAAGAUUCACUAGCAGUCUUAUAUGUGCUUUUCAGGAAAUAUCUUUCUACUUAGGCCUUGAGAGAUUCAAAAUGGCAUGAUUUAGGCUUGGACCAAAUAUAAGAUCUUUUACAUUGCAAACAAAGUGUAUUGAAUAAAAGGGUUGAGAAAUAUCAUAAUGACUAAUGGAAGUUUUGAUGAUAAUUCUUUAAAAUGUAUUUAAAAAUAUACAGACUUCGAAAUUUUCAGUAUGACUAUCUUUAAUUUUCCUCAUUUACAAAACAUGUUUCUAACCUGAAGAAUGGUUAAAGACUACUGCCUUAGAAAGUUUUCAAAGGUACAGUCAACCUUACAUAAUUUAUAUAAGAGAUGGAAAUGUUAAUGCACAGGCUGAACUAUAAAAGAAAAAUUAAAACUUAUUUCGUAGUAAAUUGAAUUGGCUUUCACUUGAAGGAGUCUUUAUCUUAUUCCCAGUAGAAGCUACAUUAAAAAGAGGAAACGAUUUCUUUAGAGUAGCUUUCUUUGCUACUUCAGUUCUUAUAUAUGUCAGGUCUGGUGUGUCGUAUUUCUGAGAUGGAGUUGUUAUAAGAUACAUGAAAUCACUGAGAAAAUCAAAUCUGAAUAGUUUAUAGGACAACUAAGCUUGGGUGCAAAAGCCAAGAUGUUCGCCAGAUGCAAACUCGUUGGCCCACAGCAGAAUUCUUGGUCACUGAUUUCAUUUGGGACCAAUAGCAUGAUAUAAAAUCACCUGGUGUCAACCAAGUAUAGGAAUCUAUUGAUUUUUUUUUUAAAUAUGGUGAAUCCUUUUCAUUUGCUUUUUCAGUAUUGUGGCUUACUAUGGUACUAAAUUAACUUAAGGAGGUCACAGUCUAGGAGGAAAAAUGGGCAAACAGUUCCUUUUUUUUUUUUUUUUUUUUGCGGUACGUGGGCCUCUCACUGCUGUGGCCUCUUCUGUUGCGGAGCACAGGCUCCGGACGUGCAGGCCCAGCAGCCAUGGGUCACGGGCCCAGCCGCUUCGCGGCAUGCAGGAUCCUCCCGGACCGGGGCACGAACCUGUGUCCCCUGCAUCGGCAGGCGGACUCCCAACCACUGCGCCACCAGGGGAGCCCCCAAUUACUUAUUUUUAUGGCAUAUCCUGAAUCUGAAAGUUAAGCAAUGAUGUUUUAAAAUGUUAUUUCUUAUGAAGUGAGGGAAAGCAAUUUUGGGUAACCAUUGGCUAUUAUAAAGUAAAAUGUCAUUAACAACAGCAAUUAAAAGUAUCCCCAAAUUGGAGGGAUCCGUGUAGGUCAAGCAGCCUCUCUCUCAGGACUCCCUCUUACAAAACCCAGCCUCUGCUCAAACAGUUCCAGUGAUGGGGGCAUUUAUUCCAUUACAGAGUAUUUUUUCCUGCUUUUUCCUUUAAAGAAAAAAAUAUUUUCUUUUGGUCUAAAUUGUUAAAAUACCCAAAACAUUUGAUAGAAAUUGAAUUCUGUCAACAGUGUUAUUUAUACUAAGAUCAGGAAAAUUUCUUGAGAUCUUAUUGUUUUAUAUGAAGUUUGGCCUUAGUUACAAAUGCACUGUUCAUAUUUAUUUGAAUUUUAACAUUGGUUAAAAUGUCAACGGAAAGCAAUUUGUUAAUUUUUCGUAGUGCCUUUUUCUCUGUAUGCCUUAAUUUCGUUUUAUAUCAAUAAUAAUUCAAGUUACCCACCGAAAUGAAGGUUUUUCCAAAAUCAGUAGGCUUCAAGAGUUGAUUUGGCCUUAGACUGUGUAUUGGCCCUUAAACGUUUCUUAAUGCCUGCUUCUUCCUCCUACCCUUUUCUACCUCUUUUUUUUUUAAUAUGUUAGAAGAGAAACAUUAGCAUUGUUCUGUGAUAGACACAUUGCAGUUUUACUAGACACAAAUUCCUAAGAUAAGGAUAGAAAGAGGUAUUGUAAUUCUAAAGAGACAUAGUGAAUUGUUUUCCCGGUUGAUUACUUGAUUUUCAAUCACACUGGCACUGUCCAAAUUCUUUGUAUGUCGUGGUUCAGUUAUGAUUUUCAAAGCAGAACUAGAAAGGUGGUUUUUGUCCUAAAGAGGUCAGUUAAAUGGUUUACAGAUGUUAAGGCAAUGAGACUUAGGGCAAUGAGCAAGAAAUCCAGGGAUAGCAAAUUCUAAUCCUUACUUUAUGACUAACAUUUUGACUAAAACUCCACCUUACUUUUCUGUGAAGUGUGUGUGUGUGUGCGUGCGUGUGUGUGUGUGUGUGUGUGUUUGGAGUUGGUGCAGGGGUGGGAAGGAAGGAAAGGUGUGAAUGUCCAGUUAGAUUAGUCUCUGUUCUUGGAAGAACAGCUCAAAUGUGUGUGACCUACUGAUGAUGGAAUGCCAGCACAUUUUCCACAAGUAGCUAGUACAAACGGUUGUUUAAUAAAGGUAUUUAUUGUAAAUUUCCAAGCUCUUGGUUGCUAAAAGUAGAUAAAAAUUGAAUUUGUAUGUGUGUAUAAUAGCUUAUAUAUAAUUCUUAAGUAGAAAGUAAUUGGUUUUGCAUAGUUCUUCAUGAGCUCUUUGGAAUAGAAAUUCUGCCAGACAUUAUCAAAACAAGCUUCCUUAGCUUACCAAGUGUUCAAAAGGAAAUUUUACCUCUGUUUUGGUUGGCUAGGGAAGGCGUGCUGUGAAGCCACUGUUCCUACUUCAUAGUCGUCUUUAGCUUUGCUUUAACUUCUGCCACAGUCUGGACAGGAUGCCAUAAUAGGUGUGAAAGUAUCGGGGCCAACCAUCUCUCUGUACUCACCUUUCAGAGCUGUAGAUGGUAGUGAGCUCUCAGGGGAGUCUAGAGAACCUUCUCUAGGUUAUAGUGAGAGCAGAUAUGGUUUCAUUUCAGAAGGUCAAGGGAGGAGUCGCAGCUAUCGUAAAGAAAAGAAUAAAUUUUACCUGUUGCCUGUAUACAGUCUCUUAUGUAAUUCUUCAUAUUUUUCAUAAUUGGGCAUUUUAAUUGACAGUAAUGAUAUUUUUGUUAACAACAGCAAAGGCAUUAAAUCAGUGAGUACUAUUAUUCCCUAUGCCUGAUGACUUCUUGUUUGUAUUUACAAUCUGUAUUAUCAGAAUCACAUUAAACCAAAGCUUUUAUAUUCUCUGCACAUACAGCCAAAAUGAUUAGCACUGUUACUUCUGCCCACCUGUAAGCUAAUAGUGUAAAAAUAAUAAAACAGGUACUAGUAGAAUUUGUAUCUCAAUCUAUCCUUCAAGUUAAAGACAGGUGCUCAGUGUUUGCAUUUAGACAUGCAGGAAUUUACUUCAACUAUUAUGGAACUAUAUAGACAUUAUGAGCUUGAGUUUGUACACGUGCCAAUCUUAUUAAUGUCACUUGACCGUAAACGCAUAUACAUAUACCUUGACAUAUGAUGCCUCAGGUUGGUGGCGUACUUUCUUCCUAAUGUCUUAACAUUUAUGAACUUGUGUUUGACUUGAGGGGCAUUUCAGGAAAGCUGUGAAGAAAAGUAGGUUAUGGACUUUGUGCCAUAGACACUUUGGAACGUAAGGAUGAGUCUGCUCUCCAGCAUACAUGCAGAAUUUGUCCCCAGGUAGGAUUUCUGAGUCCCUUAAUGCCAGUUGAGAACAGUAAAGUUUGUGACUAUACUGAAAAGCACUUUUGUGUUCACUUAUUUAUGUAAGUAACAAUUGGUGACUUUAGCAUUAGCAUUACUUGGAGGGGAGAGAUAAGUAACAAAAUUACAUCCUAACUCUAUUAGAUACUUAGGCUCCAAAAUGGAUUUGUCAUGUUCUCAUUUUUUGCAAAGAAUUUUUUCCACCUGGAAUAAGAAGAGAGAACUAGUGGAAACAUUUGAGCUGGAAAGGUUUAUGGGCCAAAAAAAAAAAAAAAGUGGGCCAAACCCUUGCAAUAUACCCUGUUCAAGUGAAACUACAGUGUCUAACGAUAAGAAUACUUUAAAAACAAACAAUUGUUUUUAAUACAAUCUUAAUUAGUAAGUAAAAGGUUUACAUUUUUUCUAUUGCUGUUGGUUUUAAAAUUUGCUACCCUGCAUUCUGAAACAUUGUAAAAGAGUUAAUACCAAAAAUACUUUUAAUGUCUGACAUCUCUUACAUUUCACAUGGUUCUUUUUAUUCAAAUAUCAUUGUAAAUAAAAGUAAACUUGGAUAAAUCUGAGAAUAAACUUUUAAUUGUUGCAAACUAUGAUUAUCAAUUUGUAAAUUUACCCUUUGACCUAAUGUACAUUUUUAAAUGUAGCCAUUAAAUUCUCUAUAUUUAAUCCAUUAGUUUCUCUCUGUAAACGUUUUUAAUCUCAGUUGAAUGCUGGGCAGUUUAUAAUUAUGUACAAAGGUGUUCUUUUCCUAUCAAGGUUGACUUUUUUGCACAUUUUGGAAAUGUUUAAUUUGUACACUGAUUUACUACUCUGACCAAUAAUUGUUGAUGGGUGUAUGAGCAUCAUGAAUGCGUGCAUUGAACUACUGUCUGUGUCUCUGUGUUUAAACUUCUUUCAAGAUGUAGCCGUCAGUAACUGCACUGCUAUUACUGACUUAAAUGGACUUUCUUGCUUUUACAAAGUAUACAUAUCUAUGGUUCUAUCUUUGUUGAAGAACUCAGGAGUUCGACAUCACUUUCUGAUUUUAUAUGUAUUCUGAAAUCCAUGACUAAGUGGAAAGUAUGCUUGUAACUCUGUGUCAGGGGAUGUGUGUGUGGAGAUGUCUUUGUCUGUAGGUACUUGUAUAUAUCCCAGUAAUUUCUUAUUUUCAUUUCUACAUUUUUAUGAACUUGUUUUAUAAGGGUACUGUUUCGUUAGAAUAAUUAAAUAUAUAUAAAGCUUUCUGAGAGAUUAUUUACUAUAUGAAUAUAUUUUCAGCUGGCUGAUCAAAAAUAUUUUUUUAGUUUUGUUUUUAACCAUUCAAAAUGUAUUUGUAUUUCCACAAUUGGAUGCAGAUUUACUUAGAUAUCUAUCAAUUAAAAUACUCUUGCAAAGAACAACAUUGAAUUCUCUCUGAGAAUUCUAUGAAAUGCAAAUUAAGAGAAAAAAAUAGGUUUUAAGCAGUAGCAAAAACACUGUCCACUAAAACAGUCUUUGAAUUCUCAGAACUAUGAAAAAAUGUGAGAAACUAAAUUAAUUUGAAGAGAUGUCAAAGGUUUUUAUAUCUCCAGUUGCUGUUGGCCUGGCCUACUGUUGUUUUUGAAUAUUUCCUUUAUUCUUCCCCAAAGAUUUCAACUUUCAGUUUUUUUCUUACUGGGCAAGGUCAGACCUCAUUCAUAAAACAAUAUAUUGACAAAUUCUGAUUCUCUGUAAUUGACUAUAAAUUGGUUUAGAAAUGUCCAAACAUACAUUGUGUCUUUAUACCGUACUGUGUAUUUUAAGUAACUGGCAGAAAAAGAAUUGGGAAUUAAAGUUCCAAUCUGGCAAUGUUGUUGUGCUUAAGGAAAACCUUGUUUUUAAUAUGCGGUACCAUGUAAAAUUACUUACGUUAGGAAUAAAGUCCACUGUUGAAGUUGAAUGUCACUAAGCUUAUUAUGUUACAAGGAGCCGAUAUGAUUAGAAAAACCUACCAGAAGCCAGAUACAGUGUGGUGUGUGCCACAUUUCAUGCACAUUUUGACUUUGUGUUCAUUCAAAAUUGUGCUUGUAAAAAUGUAUAAAAUUUCUGAGUUUUACAGAUUUUAUGUACUUGUUUUUUCUUGCUGGUAAAUAGCCUUUUUUUUUUUUAAUCUAAUGUGAAAGAAACCAUGUUUAUAUUUUGUUAGUGAUCAAUGACUUUGUUUAUAUGGAAAUUUGUAUAUUGUUGGCACCCAUCUUUGUUUAGAUUUAUCGUGCAUGAAGGCCUGCAAUAAUUAGCACAAUGAAAAUUGCUUUUUCUUACAUGUUAGUUCAUUUUUUGAAAGAUUGUGGUGCAAAGGCUUACUCUAAGUAACCUUCUGGACUAUGGAAUGAAUAUAAAUGAAUGGCACUUUGAGUGUUAAUAAAGCUGAUAUUUAUUUCCACUGUGA